AUGAAAGUUCACCGAACCGCAGAGUCUGCGUCCGUAUCCACUGGCAGCCUUGUACUACAGACCCCUGCCCCGUUCGACGAGGCUAUCACGGCUCGUGAUGCGGACACUUACAACAACGGAUCGGGUGAUGUGUUCCGGUUCCUCGAUGGUUCCGGUGGACUUUCUAGCGGUCUGAACGCUACACUGCCUGCCCAGUCUAACUAUCUUGGCUCCCCGCCCAUAAACCUUGCGUUCACCGACGCUGGUAUCAACGAAUUCGGUAACGUCAACGAUAUUUCGGGCGCUACCAUGUUUCCUGGGAUCUACGGGUAUCCCGGCCCCGGUGGGUUUGCUCCGCUUGGCACGCUCACUGCCACUCCCCUGGACGGGUACUCCUAUGUCAACCAGUCUGCUACCUCCAGUGGGUUCACCGACGCUGGUAUCAACGGAUUCAGCAACAUCGACGAUAUUUCGAGCGCUACCAUGUUUCCUGGGAUCUACGGGUAUCCCGGACCCAGUGG